AUGGAACGUUGCGGACAUUGUGCUCGGUCUUUUGUUGACCAACAGGCCCUGCAGCAGCAUAUUCGAGCCUCCCCAGCACAUACUACCUCAUUCCGAUGCGUGCCAUGCAACCGAUCUUACAAGAGUCAGGCAGACCUUGAGAAGCAUAUUCGAGCCUCCCCAGCACACGCUAAAUCAUUCCGAUGCGAGCUAUGCAACCGAUCUUACAAGAGUCAGGCAGACCUUGAGAAGCAUAUUCGAGACUCACCAGCACACGCUAAAUCAUUCCGAUGCGAGCUAUGCAACCGAUCUUACAAGAGUCAGGCAGACCUUGAGAGCCAUAUUCGAGACUCGCCAGCACACGCUGAGUCAUUCUACUGUACGCUUUGCAGAAGAACCUUCAAGAACAAAGACGGACUAGACCAACAUAUCAAGUUCUCGACGAUACACAAUGCGCCACCACCAGUCACUCCCCUCGAUCGGUUCUUCCAAUCCUUUCGGGGAUUUGAGUAUAAUACUAAGUCUUCUCCAUCGAAGAUAUUUGCCCAGCUGUCGAAGCGCAACGGCUGGAAAAGAGAUGACGAAAAUCAUAAGUCAGCCUGGAAACGAUACCAGUCGGCUCUACAGGAGGAGGUGGCGGUUUGGUUUGGAUCAGAGAAUGAUCUCAGUUCCUGGCAUUCGCUAUGUCGUGCCAUCGAGAUUGAGCCUCUGCCUACAACCUGUGCGCAGGGCGUGAAGGUCGUCCGAGGUGUUUACGUCAACAUCGUUGAUCUGCUCGAAUGGGCGCGAAAGGGAAGGGAGGGCCUCGGAGUGCGAAAGUUCUCGAGCUUGAAGGACUUACGUGCAUAUACCAAGAAGACGCGCAAGAUCUUCUCUGGUGACCCGAGUAUGGAGCGUGGGGGUAAGAAUAAUGUUGUCCUUCGGCACCUGCUUCGAUUCAUUUUCCGGUGA